UGUCCUCUGGUCUUUCUUGCUGUUUUCCACUUACAUUUGUUCAAAUCUACAUUUCUGUUAUGUGUUUUCAAAGCAAAGCCGUUUCGUCAGCUCCUAUUUCUUAAAAAAAAAGCUAAUUUGAUUUUGCAGAAACCCUAGAUUUCGGAAUCAAACAGUUAAUGUGUUUUUUUGUAAAGUUUGUAAAUUGUUUUUUUUUAAUUGAAAGUUAAUCACUUUUGCAGGGUUUAAUGUAAAAUCCAAAUUGCCUCCCUUUCCUUUUUUUUUGUUUUGCUAAAAAAAAAAGAAUUAAUGUUUGAUUCUUUCUUUGUAAUAGUUCUAUGAUUUGUUUGAAAGUGAUGCAUCUGAAAUGAUGAUGAUGCCAGACACUUCUACUAGAUGAUGGCAUCAACGGCGGAGAAUGAGGCCACUACUGUACAUAUUACUUCUCCUCAGAUUUUGACUGCUUCUGCUGAAGAUCAGCUUUGUGACGUAGAGAUGCUACCUGUUCCUGAAGGUUAUAUGACAACAACAACAACAAGUCAUGAUGCUGAUACCGUUUUGGACCAAGAGUUCGUGGUUCCUUUCCCAGACCCUGCCUCUACGUUAGACAUCCAUGGUUCUGCUAGAUCACAUCAGGGUGUUCAAGGUACAUGUUCUAUGCCAUCUUCUUCAGAGCAAAUGGCGUUUAGAGCAGCUUCUUCAGUUAACCAUUCAGCGGCUGUUCAUGAAAAUGGUGUUCAGCCUCCUAACAUCUCACAUGGCGGAUCAACACCUCUUGCUAACAACCCUACUAUGGGACAGAAUCCUCCGAGGCAUUUGUUUAGUGACCCGUAUGAGUACGAACUUGAGAAGAUACGCAUUGAAGAAGAGAACUUAAAGAAGAGCGUUGAUGAAACGACAUCACAGUUAAUGGCUGAGCUGGAAAGGAAGAUGGCUGAAGCACGAAGCGAGUUUGAUAAGGAAUCACAGGAGUUUGAUGCCAAAGUGAUGGAGGUGGAAACACGUAUGGGUCUUGUUCGAACGGGCAGUCUUUUGGGGAACGCUUUCGUGUCUAAAUGUUCAGAGAGGAGUGCAUCCAAUGAUCUUGCAGCUGUAAGAGCAGCUAUGAUCUCUCAACAUUCAACUCAGCAGCAACAAGCAGUACAAACAAACACACAUAUGAGUUCAACUGCUCCUCCAAGAGUGAGACCUCAUCAAGAAAGCACACGACUGAGUACUAGUGCUCCUCCUCGACCCUCAGUCAUAGCCGUGGAUGAUGACCCAGUCCCAAACUCAUCAGCUUCUCUUCCUCAUCUCCCUCGCCGCCCCAUGACUCAACCAAGUCCUAUGUCUCAGCAAACAGUACAAGCAGCACACACGCAUGUGAACUCAACAGCUCCUACUCCACCUCCAGUCACAGCAGUGGAACCUCAAACACCAAACUCAUCAGGUCCUCUUCAUCAUCUCCCUCGCCGCCCCACUACUCAACCAAGUCCGAUGUCUCAGCAAACAGCACAAGCAGCACACACGCAUGUGAACUCAACAACGCCUCCUCCACCUCCAGUCACAGCAGUGGGACCUCAAGCACCAAAUCAUUUACGCCCUCUUGCGCGCUUCCCUCAAGCUGUAGCGCAAUCAAACACCAACGUGAAUUCAUCAACACCUCUUCCUCGACCCUCAGUGACAACAGAAGGUCUUCCUUUGCAUUCGCCGCUCUCAAACACGCCUAGGCCAAGACCGCGUCCUGUAAUCUCCAACAUGACUCCUCCAUCUUCUUCUUCUCCACCAGUGCGUGGCCCGGCGCCUCAUAUAGUGCGUGCCUCGGCUCCUCACUUGGCUCGGAGACGGGCGCCUCAUUUAAGACAAUAUGGAUCAUUUCCAGCUCCCACGUUUGCUGCUGCUGCUGCAACAACACAGCCAAGAAGGUCGGUUCAAGAACAAGAGCAGCAGCAGCAACAAGAGAAGUCAAAUGGUGGUUUGGUUAAUCUUUCAGAUGAGGACUAGUGAUAUAUGUAAUUCAUAUUUCUCUCUUUUUGUAUAACGUUUUUUCGAUCUUCAUUCAAAAAAAAAAAUGUUCUUAAAAAUUGAAAGAAAAGAACAAAAUAAAGAAUCACUAAUAUUUUUCAUCCAGCUAGGAUGAUCUGA